AUUUAUAGCAUUACUACAAUAUUAGCCAAAAUGGAGUUAUGUAAGGUUUCAUUUUCUCUAUCAUGUGUCUUGGGCUUAGUCAUUAUGGGCCAUGUUGCCUAUGCUCAAGACUCACAUGAAGACUACGUGAAUGCUCACAACGCUGCAAGAUCACAGGUUGGUGUUCCAAACUUGGUUUGGGAUGACACUGUUGCUUCUUUUGCAGAAAACUAUGCCAAUCAACGUAAAGGUGACUGCCAACUGGUCCACUCAGGUGGUGGUGGUCGUUACGGUGAGAAUCUGGCGAUGAGCACUGGUGACCUAAGUGGCACAGAAGCAGUGAAAUUGUGGGUUAAUGAGAAAGCCAACUAUGACUACAAUUCUAACAAAUGUGUUGGUGGUGAGUGUCUACAUUAUACUCAAGUUGUUUGGAGAAACACAGCACGUCUUGGAUGUGCCAAAGUAAGAUGUGAUAAUGGAGGCACAUUCAUCGGUUGCAAUUAUGAUCCUCCUGGCAACUAUGUUGGCCAAAGACCCUACUAAAUUAAGUCAUUCUAUACUGUAUCGUUUGUUUCAAUUCAGCAGCUACCACUUUGGACUGCUUAUGUAUUAAGAAAUAAUUACAUGGCAACAGUAAAAUCAUGAAUUUAGGUGACCACCUUAAAAAUUCAUGUUAUGAUACUUAUUGAAAUAAUAAAAUAAAGUUAUUUGAAGUGAGCUCGUGG